CGUUAAUGAAUGUUAAUGUCGUUUGCACAGCGCGCUAUUUGUUAGCGUUCUGCAGACCUUAUCUCGCCCAAGGCUGCACCUAAUUUAAACUCUGCAUUGCGUUAGGUGUAGAUGAGUGUUAUUGAGUAAAAUUCAACUUCAAUGCAAUGCCGGAAAUACGAAUAAAGAAUAUUGACAUUGCCAAGGAUGGUCUAUGUUUAGCUGUUGACUGGGGAAAUGAUCACAAACGAAGAUGCAGCAGCAAAUGGCUUCGAUUCAAUUGUUCGUGUGAUAAAUGCAAACCGGCAUUCUCAGGAAUGUAUCCAUUAGACAGAACAGAAUUUGAAGACAAUAUUAUGAUAGAAAAUGCAACAGUUUCAGGGCAAGAAUUGCAUUGCAUUAUUACAAAGGAUGUAUACCCAAAUCAUGUGACCAAAAUAUCUCUUGACUAUUUAUUGUCAAAUUGCAACUGUGAUUCCUGCAUCAAUAAAGAUUUAGAAAAACGUAAAUGCGUCAUGGCUCAUCCUUCUAAACACUCAGUUCCGUAUGCCGACUAUGAUAGUACGUUAACAGAAGGAGGAUUAUUCGGAUUCCUGGAAAAAAUCAUUACCUACGGAUUUUGUGUGGUUCAAAAUGUACCCACAAAUAAAGAAAAAGGGAUGGAGUUUGGCGAAACCUUCAGUCAAAUAAGAUCAACGCUUUAUGGAAAGAACUGGGAAGUUCGCAGCGUAGCCCAGCCAUGCAAUGCCGCUUACACUCAGGUUAAACUUCCUUCACACGAAGACUUACCGAUGUAUGAAUCUGCUCCGGGAGUUCAACUACUCCAUGCUUUCAGAUUUGAUGAAGCAGUUAUUGGGGGAGAAAGCAAAAUUGUUGAUUUGAUUGGAUGUGCUGAAAUCUUAAGAAAGAUCGAACCGGAACAUUUUAAAACUUUGUGUACAGUUCCCGGCGGACACGAAACAGUUGAUCUGGAACGUGAAAUGCCAUGUUGGUUGAAGCAUUCAAAAACACAUAUCGAGUUGGAUUACUUUGGCGAGAUAGUUGCAGUAAAUUGGCAUCCGGCUAUAGAAACAACUUUGCGAAUAAAGCAAUGUGAUGUAGAUGCUUACUACCAAGCCCAUAAAGCUUUCAUGAACGUCGUACAUAAUCCAGAGAACCAGUUUAUUUUUCGAUUGCAAAACGGAGAAAUGCUGGUUAUGAAUAACCACCGUGGGGCACAUGCACGACAAGCAUAUACAGCAAUUGAAGACGGAGAUAGAUGUCUACAUGGAUAUUACGUAAACAUGGAUGACUUGAAGAGCAAAUAUAUGGUGUUGGCAAACAAGCUUGGCAAAGAUGUCACACCAAUGAAAAUUGCAAAUCGAAGCAGCAUUUAGAAAAUAAAUAACAUUAUAUUACAAAACAUAUUAAUGUUUAUGAAACUGAUGAAUAAAGUAUACACGGAAUAAUAAUUGUACAAAGUUAUACUUAUUAAUAUGUUGAUGUCGGUGACUUUCUUUAAACAAAUAUAAAUGAUAAGGUAAUGAAAA